CAUCCGCUCGCUUGACUGAUGAACACCAAAAUGAUCCAAACUCCGAUGCUGAAGUGCUAUUUUGUUGCUCUGCUGCUGGCAUCAAUCAAUGCAGAGGAGAAAUGGUCCUGGUCCAAGAGCGGUGCAACUAACGUGGCCGGCAGCAGCAAUAACAACUUGGACCACGGAAGCCCCGGCAAGCCGAACGUGCGAAGCGAUGUUAUUGAGUUCCAGGAACCGAAGCGAUUUAACGAUGCCUCAACCCACCACAAUCGGCAUCAGGACGUCAGGCAAGGUCGAUAUGAAGUGAAGGAAUCCACAACACUGAGACCAAACAGCAACCGACCAUUAAGUGAUGAGUUCUCUGGUGAAGUAAAUGGCAAUCGACCUAACGAUUUCGGAACAAACCAGCGCUUCGGUGGCCCAUACGGAGGUCCGAUUCCCGGUAACCAAUACGGAGGAAAUCCUGCAUUUGGCGCAGGUAAUCCAUUUAUUGGUGGACCAGGUGGACUAGGAGGACCAGGUGGACUAGGAGGACCAGGUGGACUAGGAGGACCAGGUGGACUAGGAGGACCAGGUGGACUGGGUGGCGGCUAUGGAGGAGGUGGCUACGGAGGACUCGGAGGCUAUGGGCUAAAUGGUAUAUUGGUUGGUCCUGAGGGCCCUACCGGAGUAAUUGGCCGGCCUCACCAUGGGUUCAAUGGCGGGUAUCCGAACAUUGGAUUUGGACAAUACGGUAAUAAUUUCGCAGGGGGUUACGGAGGAUAUGGUAACCCUUCAUACGGCGGUCAGGGAGGAUUUAACCGACCGGGUGGAUUCCAUACUCAAACCGGAAUCGGUGGUUAUCCUGGUGGAGGAUUUUACGGAUCCCAAAGUCCCUAUGGACCAGGUCAGUUCGGGCCGGGUCAAUUUGGAACUGGUCAAUUUGGAUCAGGUUUAGGAGCGAGACCUGUUGGGGGAUUGGGACCAGUUGGUGUACCCUUCGGAGGGGGGCCUUUUGGGCCCCAAUUUGACCAAGCGAAACAAUCCACGAAAAAAAUCGAAAAGAAGUCCGUUUAA